CUCGCGCCAGUCGUCAGUUGAAGUCGGAGCCGAGUAGAUGCAGUACUUAUAGCAUCCGCAUCCGUAUUCUUUUCUCGUUCCCAUUGUUGUUGUUGUUGAACUGAUAAGCAUACAUACAUAUAUAGUAUAAAUAAUAGUAAGAAAUAAUAAGAUGAAGACGCUGAUAAUUUUACUCGUGGCACUUUUAUCGCUUACACAAACGCACUCACAGGAUGUGAAUGGUGAGCAUGAAGCUUUCGAUGACGAUGGAAAUGACGCACAUAAUGCCAUGGCGACUGAGAAUCGCGUGGCCGCACAAGUUGAGGCACUGCUAGAACAUUUCAAGCAAGAAGAUCCGGUUGGUCUACCGUCUUCUGCUGUGGAGGUUGCGGAUCCUAUGGAUUGUCCUAAUGUGGCAAAGAGCAUUGGCGUCGGCACACUUAACAUGAUGGAAUUGAAGGCUUACGGCCUGUCCAAAUUCCGCAUCACUAGCAUCAAUAUGGACUUGAAGGAUAUGCUGGUAACCGGACACGUAACGCUAGACGAAAUGGUGGUCAAAGGCAGAUACAAAUUGGCCGCCUUAUUCUCAAACUCCAACGGACCGUGCUCGAUCACAUUGAGAAGGGUUCAUUUCACAGCCUUGGCCACGCUGGCUGCACAGAGCGAUGGCCGUCUAGCAGUGGAUCAAAUGAAGACGGACAUUACGUUUGGUGAAAUGUCCAUGGAUUUCCAGAAUCUCGGCUUCAUGGGCAGCAUGUUCCAAGGCGUACUCAACUCCGCGCCCAAUCUAGUGUUUGAUGCCAUGAAGCCGUUUAUGCUGAGUGAUGUAGAAAAGCAGCUGAGCGCAGAGAUCGAUAAGUUUGUUGUUGAAAAGCUUGGAGAUCCCCGCAUGCCCAACUCCAUUAGGCCAUUGGACACCAUGAUUGCGCAGACACGCAAGCAGGUGCGUGAAUAUGGCUUUGAUCCGUAUCAUUUGCCGGACAUGAAUCGCACCAUGGGCGUGUUGAGUGCUCAGCUAACAAACACUUGGAUACGUGGCGUCUCUAGCUUCUAUCGCGUGGGCAACGUAACGGUGGCUCUGGUGAACAACACGAUCACGAUGCGCUUUCAAGUGGGCACCCAAGAACUGUCGGGUGCCGGACAAUGGGAGGUUGGCAUGGGCAUGAUGUCACGAAUUGGACACGUACAGUUCACGGUGCAUCAUCUGCGCGCCACGUUGGAGUUUAGUCAGGCACUCGACACGCGUCAACGGCCGCUGAUCAAGGAUCUGCAAUUGGAUUUGGGCAACAUUCAAGUGCGUUGCAGCGGCGCUGGCACAUUGGACUAUGUGAUGGAGUUUGCUGUUAAUGUGCUGCCCAAUUUGUUGCGCUAUCAAAUAAUGGAUGCCAUCGAAAAUCCCAUCAAACAGCGUGUACAGGAGACGCUCAAUACCAUCGACAUAGAGCAGGCCAUCAAGCAGUGGAUAGCAAAGCAUCCCACCGAUGAAAAUUCCAAAAUUAGUUUCGAUAUUAAACCUAUGCUCGAUGAGUUGAAGAAAACAAUGUAAUAAUUAAUAUUAUAUAAGUAGCAUGUGUGUGCUUUAAUCAUUUACAAAUAAAGUUGAGAGCAUCCUUUAA